ACCACCUGUUCGCAAGCGGCACAGUCUACCGGUGAACAUUAACCGCUCAACAUUGAUCAACAAACAACAAAUAAUUCACGGCCAAAGUCAUGAAUGUUUUAAUAAAUCUGGUUUAUUGCAGUGUCGUCGUUGUUGUUGUUAUUUUUGCUGUAACAAUAAGUUCGGUGAAAACCCAAGAAUUAUGCCGCAUGCCAAAUAAUUCGCCAGGAACUUGUGUUCCUUUCAAUCAGUGCAGCUUUGUAAAGAGAUUGCAUGAAAGGUACCAGGGAAAUGUUCCGCAAGCAUUCUAUCCAUACAUCCAGAAAUUAAAAUGUUCGAGGGACAAUGAACCGGUGGUACGUCUGUGUUGUGAACCUGAUACGAUUCUGAGACCUACAACAGCAACAACUCAACCGAGUACGGGAAGUAUCAAUAAUUUAUCAUUAAAUCCCAUGCAAGAUUAUCAAAGUCAAUUGAAUGCUGAAGGCUUUAACAUUCUGAAUGGACAGCGCUGUGGUACAGACAACGGCAAUCGCAUUGCCGGUGGCAAUGUCACGAUGUUGGCCGAAUUUCCAUGGAUGGCUCUGUUGAAAUAUCGUGGACCAUCGGGUGAUCAAUUUCGUUGUGGUGGUUCAUUGAUAACGAAUCGUUAUGUGCUGACAGCAGCACAUUGUGUGAACACAGUGGAUCCAGUUAUUGGUGUACGCCUGGGCGAAUAUGAUACAUCAACAGAAGAGGAUUGUAUAAAAUUGGGUCCAAGGUGGAGAUGCAAUCCACCAGUGGAAGAUAUUGGUAUAGAAAAUAUUGUAGCACAUCCCGAAUAUAGCAAAAGUAAACAUGUCAAUGAUAUUGCCCUCAUCAAGUUGGAUCGAAAUGUUGAAUUCAAGAAACACAUUGAACCCAUAUGUCUGCCCAUCUUUUCAAAUUCUGUUCAAACUCAGCCUGAAGAUCAUUUUCUAAUAGCUGGUUGGGGAUUCACUGAGAAAGGCAGUACAUCAAAUGUUCUACUCAAAGCCCCCGUCAAACAGUUACCCGUAUCGACAUGCAGUCAGGAGUAUUCGAUUGAACUCAGCUUAACUCGACACUUGUGUGCCGGCGACGAUGUACUCGGUCGUGAUACAUGCGGUGGUGAUAGUGGUGGUCCAUUGAUACAAUUUGUCCCCUACAAUGGCAAAAGACGUUUCGUACAGUACGGAGUGGUGGCAUCGGGUCGUUAUGCUUGUAUCCUGAAAACAACUUUACCCGGUGUCUAUACGAACGUUAGCAAUUUUAUGCCAUGGAUAACGCACAAUAUUGUUGUCUCUGCUCAAUUGGAUUUAGUAGUUUCAACUCACAGUCGUCAAAUGGGUUUCACUAGAUAUUUUAUUUUAGUAGUUAUUUUUCUUAUGGUUAAGGCUCAAGAAGAAUAUAGACACUGUCUUACACCGCACAAUGAAAGUGGACUUUGUGUUCCUUAUACGGAGUGCUAUAUUCUACACGAAUGGAAUAAGAACUACGAUGCAUUGACGGUUUUUCGAGAAUAUCUACUUCGUGCAGACUGUACCAGGGAUCAGGAUAAAACAUCCCAUUGGUGUUGUGAACCUGCAACUGUCUGGCGACCAACAACAGCAAUAGUUAAACAAAGAAUGCAAAAUACGGAAAAUUUGUAUUUAAAUCCAAUACCAGAUUAUCAAGGCCUAUUGAACACCGCAGGUUUUGAUAUUCUAUAUCAAGAAGAGUGUAGCACCGGCACUGGCAUCGCCGAUGACAAUAUUACAAGGUUGACUGAAUUUCCAUGGAUGGCCCUAUUGAAAUAUGAUGGACCAGCAGGUGAAGAAUUUGGUUGUGCUGGCUCAUUGAUAACGAAUCGCUUUGUAUUGACAGCAGCCCAUUGUGUGAAUACGAUGGAUCCGAUCAUUGGUGUACGACUUGGCGAACAUGACAUUUCAACCGUUUACGACUGCCUGCAAUUGGGCGCCAUUUUCAAAUGCAAUCCACCGGUGGAAGAUUUUCGUAUAGAAAAUAUCAUUUCACAUCCCGAGUAUAGUAGUGAGGAUCAUAUCAACGAUAUUGCCCUGAUCAAAUUGGAUCGCAAGGUUCAAUUUAAAGAGCACAUUAAACCUAUAUGCUUGCCCAUUCAUUUGUAUACACCGACUGAAGAGAAUUUUUUCAUAGCCGGCUGGGGUCACACCAAAAAUGGCAAUAAAUCGGAUAUUCUUCUGAAAACACCAGUGAAACAACUACCUCUUUCGACAUGCAGCGAUAAAUAUUCUAUUCAACUCAGCGAUACUCGGCACUUAUGUUUCGGAAAGGAUAUAGGGGGUCAUAACGUAUGCGCCGCAGAUAGUGGUGGACCAUUAAUGCAUUUUGGACCCUACAAAGGUCAAAAACGUUUCAUACAAUAUGGAAUAGUGGCAGCGGGAAGUAAUGCUUGUAGCGCGACAGCAGCUUUGCCUGAUAUUUAUACGAAUGUUAGCUUCUUUAUGCCAUGGAUAACGCAUACUAUUGCUCUGCAAAACGAGUGAAUAACAAGGAUAUGAUAAGACGAACCUUCCAAGGAAUUAUAUGUUAAAAAAGUAUAAAAAACGUAAAAAUGUAAAAAUAAAAAGUAUUGAUCUGUUCCGAAAACCUGAAAUUUUUACGAUAUCAUAACACCACGGGGCCGACCAUGUGAA